AGAUUUUUUGUUUUUUUUAAUAAAAGAGAAUUCCUUUAGAAAUCUUUUUUUAACAAAAUUUUAAAGCAAUCGAAAUUUAAUAAUUGUUGAAUUAUGGCCAAAUUUUUUUCUAAACCAAAAGUAUUUUUGAACUACAAAACAUUUGUGAUUCAAGUCAUAGCGUUGUUUAUCGCUUUGUUUUCAUUAUUCUCUAAUGAGUGGCUUGCAAAUAGUAGCCCGGUUAUUUUUCAUCCUUACAGCCGUUCUUGGGGGCUUUUUAGAGUCAUAGGUCGCACUAUACGAACCCACAAUUCCCAAUGGAGCACGGCUUGUUUAACUGUUCAUAAAUUUUCUCUAGGAGGCUGUACAACACCUUUGUGUAAAUGGUACUCUCAGAAAUGUUCAGCGUUCCGAAUCAUAUCAAUUGUAUCUCAUGUGACUGCAGGUUUGGUUGCCGCAUCAAUUUUUGCAACUUUUUUAUCGAUGGUGUUUUCUUUGAGGAAAUCCAUUAAAGUUGUUCGUUUUUCUCUGGGGUUUGCGAUCGUUGGAUUUAUACUUAUUAUUGCUAGCAUCGUACUGUAUACUUUUGGUAUGGAACAAGCAUUUCAAUUGAUUAAUGCCGUCGGUUAUUAUCCUGUUCCCCAACCCGCUGUAUCUUAUAUUUUUGCGUGUGUCUAUUCCUUGCUUACGUUAAUUAGUGUUAUACUACAUGGUCUGACGAUUCGUCAAUUAUCUAGAGAAAUGACAUAUAUACAGCAGGCGAAAACUGAGGCAACAAAAAUUAGAGAAGAGUAUGGGAUAUAAGGUAUUUUUAGAAUUUAGGUAGUGUUUGUGAAAAAUGUCUCUUCUUUUAACGGUUACAUAUUUCCACAAAACUUUACCACUACUAUGUGUCGUCGUUUGACACUUUUAAAAAAUAGUUACCCGUUAGUCGGUUAAUUUUUCUAGAUUUAGCUUUAACUUCAAAAGAAUUUUUUCUUAUUUGCUUAUUCACGCUUUAAACCAAUUUCGCUUUUUUUAAUCAAAUUUCUUUAAACUUUUCUGUAUUUUAACUGAUAAUAUCAAUAAUAAUAAU